GGGGGUGGGGGGAUGGAUGACUCACAGUGUUAUGAUGCAGUUCCACAACACACAGCCACAUUCACCCACAGACCGAGGUACAGAACGAGACAACCUCUGGCCCCCCAGCAGCUGUCCAGCUUUGCAGCCUCAGUCUUGAGCCCCUCAACUACCUUUCCCCACCCCCAUCCCUUUCCCAAUUGAAGGAGCCGAAAGAGAAGAGAGAAGAGUGAGCAGAAAGAUUGAGAGAUUGAGAGAGAGAGAGAGAGAGAGAUAGACGGAGAUCUCUGGAGCAGACCUCAAGGUGACUUCUAUUUCUAUCUGGUUCUCGUCUGGGGGGGCCCUGGCCGGGCAGCCCCCCACAUUUCUCCUGCCCUGAAACACGGCUCUAGCCAACCUGCUCCGCUGCUUUACCUGCGACCGUCUCUGUGGGGGCUGCACAGCGCCAGCCCCUCCAGCCCGCCAGGGCAUCGUCCUCCAGCCUGUCAUGCCCAGCUGUGACCCUGGUCCGGCCCCUGCCUGCCUUCCCACCAAGACGUUCCGCAGCUACCUGCCCCGCUGCCACCGCACUUACAGCUGUGUCCACUGUCGUGCACACCUGGCCAAACAUGAUGAGCUUAUUUCCAAGUCCUUCCAGGGGAGCCAUGGCCGAGCCUACCUGUUUAACUCCGUGGUCAACGUGGGUUGUGGGCCGGCAGAACAGCGCCUCCUGCUCACAGGGCUUCACUCGGUAGCAGAUAUUUUCUGUGAAAGUUGCAAGACCACACUGGGCUGGAAAUAUGAACAAGCUUUUGAGACCAGCCAGAAGUACAAGGAAGGGAAGUACAUCAUUGAAAUGUCACACAUGGUGAAGGACAAUGGCUGGGACUGAGAGGGCUCAGGCAGGCUAUGCCCUUCCUCCGCAUGCCCCACCCUCUUCACACCUGUCCCCUGGCCCUACCAAGCUGUCCAUACCAGCAUGAGCACUGCCCCACCCCUGGGGAAGCCCGGCUCCAACCAACGCCUUCCUUGCCUCCACCACAUCAUUACCAGGUCCCCUUUGGAACAGGGGCCUGGGGUACCCCAGGGGUGUUCAAGGCUCAGGAGUGGGCAGCAGUUAGGGAAAUACAGAAUUGGGAAAAAAGGGAUGGUUGUGGGCCCUUUUAUUCCCAAGUUCCUGGAAAUUGAGGUGAUGGCAGGGUGUGGACUCAGGCAGAGGAUCAUGGGAGGAAUCAGGAUUUUGACCUCCCUUUUUUUGAGUGGAGAAAAGGAUAAACCUUGGGUUAUGGGGCUAAGAGGUCCUAAGUCACAGAAUAUCAAAGAAACAGUUUAGGUUGGAAUGAAAUUUUGGCCUCAUACACCAGGAGACUAGAGUCUCUGAGGGCAAAUAGCUUCCCACUCCCAUUUGCAAAGAACAGACUCAGGGCAGGGGAUGGGGAUAGGGAUGGGAGGAAACACCCAAGUCCCAGGCCCUGGGAAAUAAAGUCACAGGGGGUUUCCAUCUCACUCCACUUGUUAGUUUACCUUGGCACUAAAGAGGCACUUUUGAGUAUCUAAUCUUUGCCAUUGGGUGGGGUGGGGAAAGCUGCCCCUGGAACAGCCCCCACCCUCAGCUGGCUGUUUCCAGAGCAAGCAGUCUUUAUGGGCAUUCUUCAAGGCCCAACCACUGCUCCCUGGGACCCAGUCCCCUGGAGGGGAGGUGGAUCAUCAGCACCACAGGACCAGUCUUUCCUGUGGUUGCCACCAGCGAAAGAAACUUUUGUAUGAUAUAUAAAGUGUUUGGGUCUAUUUUUAAUAAAAAGGGGAAAAGCAACU